GAACCAAACUAUCCUGAGCUUAAAUAUGUGUAAAGGCGCUGCAUAAAUGGCAAGUUAGUGUGAGCGGCAACAUCAAAACAAAAGACACCCCGCCUCUCUAAACCUCUUUGUAAGAGCUCAGUGGCACAAACUAUUCUCGCAGUGAAACAAUGAAACGCACAAUAAGGAGCUUCACUUUGACAACAGCUUUACUUCUCUGCAGCCUCAGCUGGAUCUCUGUCUCAGGUUCUGAGUCUCACACUGUGGAGGUCCAACUUGGUGAAGAAGUCACACUGACGUGCAUCAACAUUUCCAGCACUUCGACUCAGACUGACUGGUUCAGACUGAUCAACAGAACCAAGCCCAGCUGCAUCUCCUCCAUGUUUGAGGCUGAUGGUGAAGCUUCGUUCUGUGACGGAUUUCAAAGUGGAUUUGAAAUGAGCUCCAACAUCUCCACUGUCUUUCUGAAAAUCAAGCGGGUGGAUUUAUCUGACUCUGGACUGUAUUUCUGUGGAUUCUACAAAGACACACAUACAGUCAUUAGCGAUGCAACACAUUUAAAAGUUCAAGGUAAGAAUAAGGUUGAAUCAGACGGUGACAAGGAUUUUGAGACUGAAAGUAUUUGUGAUGUAGAGGAGCAUAAUGGAAUGAUAAACCUAAUGAGUGUGAUCCUGGGUGGUGUGACUGUUCUCCUCACUGUAGUCGUCAUUGCUCUGGCUGUUAAAAACAGAAAACUUCAGACAGCUGAAAAUGAAGAACUGCAUCCGGAAAGAAACAAGAAUCCAUGCACUGAUGACCUGAACUCUGCAGCGCUGAGGUUCCUUCCAGAGACAAUAAGGAACAGGAGGCCUGAAUCAGAGAGAAGUGGAGACUCGUGUCAUUUACACCGCCAGCAGAUAGACUCAGGAAGCAACUGUAACUGCAACUCUCACUCUAAAGCGAAAGCCACAGGAAGACUGGCUGUCACCUCUCUGCAAUAA